CUUCCUGCCACGCCUCGAAGUCGAUCCCAACUUGGACUGUGGGACGGGCCCGAUGCACAGCAUGGACGAAUCGCCGCUCUCUCGCUUUGCUUCCAGCCUCUCGCCCAGCUCCACGCGCUUCGCCAGUGAUCAUGGAGUGGUGCGGGAGUUCCCAAUGUACACCCUGCCGGUGGAGACCGUGUUGCAGCUCAAAAAGUUGCUCCCACACGAGGAGGCUUGGGAGCUGGAGAGCCCACUGAAGCCGCUGCAAGCCUUUCGUGAAGAGAUGGGUCGAGCGAUCUUCGUGUCGCACCAGUGGUUGAGCGCCAAGCAUCCCGAUCCUCACAGUGAACAGCUGCGGAUCUUGCAGGCCACGCUUGGAAACCUCUUGUCAGGCGCUGCACGGGUGUCGCUACAGCCGCUGGUGGAGCUGGCCAGGGGCCGCGGCGGGUGCCCUUCCACCACCCACUUCGCGUGCCAGCCGCUCUUUGUUUGGUAUGACUUCUUCUCUUGUCCUCAAGGCCUUGGAGGAAGUGGGACGGAUGAGUCACAGAGCUCGUGUCAUGCGGUCAUCUAGUUUCUGCAGAUUUGCAGGCAGAGGAUCCAGAUUUGUUCACCUCGGCAGAAACUAUAGAAGCCCUUGCUGUCCUCCUUGCCCACCCAGCAAGUGGUCAACCUGCCAACCAUGCCAAACCUUUCUCGAGACCUUCCUUGAGAUCUAUAGGUUGAUCCGGUUUGGCCUUUUGAACAUUUGUUCAGGUGCAACUGGUACA